AUGUUCCCCAUGGUCGGAUCUUUGCACUAUCCAUAACUCAGGACGUUCGAACUUCAGUGUGUGACGUACGGGUCAACUGUGUGCUCUGAUCCACUGGCUCUUUUUGAACUUUUCCGGUCAUCGAGACUAAGGUGUCAACCAACAGUUGCAGUUCGCGACAUUCUCAAGUGGCCCCAUAAUAUCACUUUUCAUUUCCUCCUCACUUCCCACGCUCGUUUUGGGGAAAAAAAUGACCGCUCGUCCCGUUUUCCGUUUUCCGUUUUCCGCCUCUCUCAUCUCAUCAAAUUUCCGCGGCCGCAUUGUUUUAAUGUGCUCCUCUGCACUUCCGCUCUUCUCUCAUUUUGCUCUCCAGGUGCUCUUUUGAGCCGCGCUCAAGUUUUGGAAUCGAACGCCUGUUUGCGCAGCGCCCUAACCAUUUAGAGCGCGUGGCGUGUUUGUUGUGCAUGCUCGUCGACGUGUUUGUUUUUACUUGAAUUCUCCGAAGAAGUCUGUGAAUAAGUUGGCCAACGGGGUGCUGGGGUAUUCAAUUACCAUACCAUUGACGGCUGCCCACUUUUGUGCAAGUAGAGACCCGCCUGUUUUCACCAUAAGCCAUCCGCUUUUCUGCUUUUCCAACUUGAUACCCUACACGAUCAUUAUUAUGCGGCGCUUACGGUUAGUUUCUGUUGUAGAGAUCAUAAGAAGAACCUUCUAGACGAUGUGACCUGUUUCAGAUCCCGAUCCUUCAACUGUUCACUGUCUUCUACUACACCCAUGCCGUACCCAUUCUGCCGAACGUUCAGACCGGAUAUGUACCCAUUUUUGGAAGUGAGUUUUCAAAUUGAAAUUCUUCACUUUCAUGAGCAACAGCAAUCCCAACUAAAGAAAUAAUGUUCGCAGUUUACCAUGUUUCACCCAGAUCGGAUGACCCUCGAACCGAUCACCUUCACCUUCACCACCCCCUCGCCGAAAUUGAAUCCGAUGAAGAGCUUCCCGACGCUCCGGCCAUUCAACCCCUCCGCAUUCGUCAUGUCGCUUCCCGGUCCCACUGUUCACAACAAUAAUGUGCAAGGUGUUUAACAGUACCAUAAAACAUACUUCAACAUUCUUCUCAGAGUUCAAGUACGAAGUGCAAAUGCCAACGCAAGCCCGUCCAUUAACAUUCUCAGCAACAACGUCCGCUUACAGUCAGGCGCAGUUAUACGUAACUUACCCGCAUGCCACAUAGAAACCAAGGAUAACUGUUUCAGAAAGCAAUGCAAGCCUCACUUCAACAGGAUGUCUAUGCAACAUACCGAACAAUUUGGAAACAAAUGAGCGACACGUGGAUUCGGGUACUGUAUUCAGAAUUCUGCGAACAGGCCAUACAAUGUUGUUUUCAGCUUCGCAGUCAGCUUCUUGAUGAGGGUGUGGAGCAGGAUUGGCACGUAUUCUGGCAGAAAUUCACGGGGACCGUCGAGCCGUACAUGACGACGAUCAGCACCCAAGUGGGACGUCUUCUCAACGUCUUCCUCCGACAUCAACAUGAUAGGGAGAGCAAUUUGACUCCGAAGACAUGGGGCUGA